CACUAACAACAACAACCAAAAACCAACAACCAACAACAACAACCACCACCACCACCACCACCAUGGUGAAACCUUCCAAGUCGAUGCAGCCGGAGCACGUCGACCUGCAGCAGGCCAGCCGACGGACCGGGAGUGGCGCCGCCUUUGGGGAAGACUCCUUUCGAAACUACAUGGCGCUGAAGAUCGCGGGGCAGCGAAGCCAGUUCGGGCUGGUCCUUCCUCCCCCACCACCACCGCCAUCCUCGGAACAACAGCAACAGCAACAACAUCAUCAACAACAACAGCAACAGCAACAUCAUCAUCAUCAACAACAACAGCAGCCACAACGACACCAUUCGGAGACGAACCCGGUCCGGAAAGCCCCGGAGAGACAGCCGGCCGGGGGACCCGGUGGUCCGGGGGAACGACCGACGCUGCUCGGGAAACGAUCGCUCGCGCCGCUGCGGCAAUGGCCGCUUUCGCCGUCCCUUAAGCCGAGCGAGCCGAACGGCGGCGGCCAUUGCAGCAGCGGCGCAUCCGCACCCGCUCAAGGCGACCGCUCGGUGCGGUUUCUCGACAAGGCCCGCCCGCGGACCGGACCGGAGCGCGGGAGGACCACCAUGGAAUCGGUGAUCCGUCGAUUGAAACGACGCCACGGAAGGGGGAACAAGAGGCUGGGCCGAAAAAAGGCCCGGAACGAAACACAAGAGCCGCCCGCCGACGACGAGGAAGAAGAACCCCCGAGCCAGAGCGCCGAGGUUCCGGCCCCGGAGCCCGAGGACAGCCUCGCGGAACUGGUCCGAAUCUUUUCGGCCGCAGCCGAAAACGUACCGACCAUCCUUUCCAGCGAUCGGGGACCGAGCGGGGACGAUCCUUUCUGCCAACCACGCAACGCCGCUGCCGCCGAGGUGGCUGCUGCCUCGGACGGUUCGGGUUGGCCGGAAGGAAUCGAUUCGGGUCCGUCCGUGCCGUUCCGGGAAAAAGAAAAAGCAACAAACACAGAAUCCGAUUCCGAAUCCCUCGACGGCGAAAGAGGCGGGGCAUCGCAGCAGCCAGCGACGAAUGUGGCCGCGAGCACGCAAGCGCCUCCCUCGCCGAGAAGCAUCCGAAUGUCCCGCCCGGACCUCUUCUUUUACGGGGUCGUCGUAAAGGUUGCCGGUUACACCAGCCCGGACAACGAAACCAUCAAGCGGCUGUUGCAAAAGCACGGGGGGGACCUGGAAACCUACGAAACCGAGCGGGUCACGCACAUCAUUGCGCAGCAACUGUCGGUGAGUCGGUUUGUCCUCGAUUGUGUGUCGUUGCGAUUGCAUCUUAGAGAUACCGUAGAUCAUUACGGAAGUGAACUCGCUCGUGGAGGAUCUCACUUGGUUUUUUUGUCGUUUGUGCCAAUGAAACAAUAAAACAAAAACAAAAAAGAUGGCAAAGGCCAACGUGUACAAGAAAGCCAGACGGCCCCGACCGGUUUGCCGUCCGUCUUGGAUCGUGGAUAGUGUCCGGGAAGGAAAGCUGCUUCCGCACGGAAAUUAUCUUCUCAUCGAAGAAAAGGAUCAGCAGCAAAUGGGUAUCCGAUCCAUGUUUCAGAAACAGAGUGCUCCCGCACCACUCCAGGGCACCAAGACUGCGCGUUUGCCUCCACCUUUGUCACCACAAAAGACGGGCCCGAAGUACAUCAACCCCUAUGCAAAGCCGAAGAACCCCCCGCCACGCAGCGAUUGCAAUCCAAGCAGAUCCCCGCAAAAAGCCGAUCGAAACCAUUCCGAGUCGGAAGAAACGAAGCCGCGGUCCCCGGCCAAAAGCAAACCCGAGAAUGGCCACGGGGUGCAGCACAGUCCGGAAAAGACCGGAACGACCGACAGGAAGUUCCUGAAUGGAAAAGUUCGAACCGUCGGAACCGAUCCAAACUUUCUCGACUCUUAUUUUGCCGCCUCUCGACUUAGCUUCAUUGGGAGUUUUAAGCAGAGAACGGCGUCCACCAAUCAUCCCAACCGAUCCGUCUCUUCCUCCCCCGCUGAGAAGCUCAUUUUUCACGUCGACAUGGACUGCUUCUUUGCAUCGGUUGUCCUUCGCAACUUUCCCCAAUACCGAAACAAACCUGUCGUCAUUUCGCACCAUGGAAAGAGCAGCACAAACGAACGGCCUAGUGACGGCCAUGGCAGAUCGGGCCAAUCCUCCUUUGAUCAUUCCAAAGCCCAGCAAUCGAGACACAUUCCAAAGAAGUCUUCCUCGGAGUGUGCAACAUGUAAUUACGAGGCGAGGAAGUACGGGAUCAAAAAGGGAAUGUUCUUGGGGCGAGCAAAAGAACUUUGCCCCGAUCUCAUCGUCUUGGACUAUGACUUCAGAGGAUACGAAGAAGUGUCCCAGCAGGUUUUGGAGAUUCUCGAUCGCUUGGCCCGCUCGGAAAACCGCUGCGGCACGGUGGAGAUGGUCUCGUGCGACGAGGCCUACGUCGAGCUAAGCUUCGAUGCUUCGGGUGGCUGGGAAGAAGUCUACGACCACGCUUCCGACCUCGCGGAAUCGGUCCGAACCGAAAUCUUUGAAACGACACGGUGCACGGCGUCGAUUGGCGUGGGACCAAACAAGUUCCUGGCAAAGCUGGGGACGGACAGAGCAAAGCCCAACAACUCGUUCUGCGUUCGAGAUCAUCGAGAGCUACUGAAAGCGCUGAAGCUUCGAGACAUGCACGGUGUUGGUUGGCGCACCGAAAAGAAACUCACGGAGGAGGGCCUUGUAUCGGUGCAGGACGUCUGGGAUCUCGGACCGAGGGGAGAAUCGGAGUUGAUUCGCAUCCUGGGACCGGGGACGGGAAAGAAGAUUUUUUCCUUCACGCAAGGAAAAGACGACAGGCCCAUCACGCCCGUAGAACGAAAGACGAUCGGAGCCGAAUGCAACUACGGCGUUCGAUUCGACGGACCCUACGGAAUCGACCAUUUCAUGGAGGGCCUUGCAAAAGAAGUGGAAAAACGCAUGCUGGGGAUUUCCACAAAGGGAAAGCGGCUCACGCUGAAGAUCAAGCAGCGGAAAAAAGGCGCCAGCAACCACCACAAAUUUCUGGGCCACGGAUCCUGCCACAACCUCUCGAAGAGCGCGGGCACGCCCGGAGACGUGGCAACCAGCGAUUCCAAGGUGUUCAAGAGGGUCGGCAUGAGCCUGUUUCGAGAAUUCGGAAUCGAGGACAUCAACGAGAUUCGUGGCAUGGGCAUCACGAUCAGCAAUCUCGAGAGCGACGGUGCCACCGGAACCGAAAGGAACAACCACGGAAUGAAAAGCUGGUUGCAACAAAACAUCGACCGGACGGCACACGAAAACAGCAGCUCAAAAGAGAAGGGUGAAACGACGAACCAACCAAUGGACGAAGAAAUUGGUGUGGUCGAACGUGUUUCGGAAUCUACGCCCGAACCUAAAAAGGUGUCGGAAAUCGACCCCGAAACCGAGGGGGAAGGGAACCAAUCUCCUGCGAAUCACGGCUCACCGCUUGUGAUCGACUUGCCUCCGAUGAGCCAAAUCAAAAUGACCCAGGUCGAAGCACUGCCCCAAGAGUUCCAAAAACAGAUUCUUUCGAGAAUGAGGGAAGCGGGUGAGGGUACCGGUGCCACCAAAGGAGGCAAUGCAGGGGUGCGUGCCGACGCCGGAACGCUGCCGGUGAGAGAUUCGAGCAGAGACACCGAACCAUGGCACGGCGUUGCCGACGACGAGCCCCGCUUCGAUCCCGAUGUUCUGCAAUUCACACCGCAAUCGAAAGGCGAGUCUGUCACAGACCUCGAUUUGGAAGAGAGAGUGGAUGGAAACAACAACCCAAGCUUCGAUUCUCCUCUGGUGAUCGAAUUGCCCCCGAUGAGCCAGAUCCAGAUGAGCCAGGUAAAGGCGCUGCCCCCGGAUCUCCAGCAGCAGGUUUUUUCCAGAAUGAACAAAAUCGCUGCCGGUGCCACGGACGAAGGCGCCGGGACGAUCGACGAGGCACCUUUCAACCACAGUGUUCCAAAGGCACAGCCGGAGGGAGACGGACAGGGGCAUGGACCCUUCCACAACGCCGGUCGCUUCCGGCAGACCAGCCUGAAGCGCAUGAUGAAGCUCGCGGCCGUGAAAUCGGGCCACGAACGCACGAGCAUCUCGCUGACCCAGCUGGAACAGCUCCCGCUGGAGAUCAAGCUCCAGGUGGUCAACCACGACGACCAGCGUGUGGGCGUUUUGUCGAAGCCCGCGCCGCGGGCGGCCAAAGCCGGCGGCAACGACCAAAGACCGAGAACCUCCAUCCCCGGCACGACCGAUGCGGGGGAACGGCCGCGUCCGAAACCAAAGCGAAGGAGCGGCGAUUUUGCGACGACCACCAAACCAAGCCACGCGACACGUUCUAGUACUAAAAAGACCAAGCAGGAUUCGGAACGAAAAAGGAUUCGGUUUAUGGCUAGGGUAGACUCGUGGAGGGAAGACGUGCUGCCG